AUGAAAAUAAUUAUUAAAACAUUAAGUGGAUAAAACUUUCCUUUAGAUGUUGAAGGAACAGAUACAGUAUAUAAUCAAUGAAAAUAUUUUAGAUUUAAAAUGUAAAAGAAAAGAUCUUUUAAUUGAAAUAAUUUGAAGUUGGUUAACAAAAAUUGUUAAGAAAAGGAACACUUUUGGAUGAUAAAACAACAAUAACAGAAUUGGGAAUUUAAGAAAAUGAAUUUUUAGUAGUUAUGGUAAAUGCUAAAGUAAUAAAAUUUAUUUAAAAUGUAUAUAGAAAUAAGCACCUCAAUAGCCAUAACCAGUUUAACAACCACCAGCAUAAUAACCAGUUUAAUAAUAGCCAGUUUAACAACCUGCUAAAUAAAUACCACCAUAAUUACCACCAUAAUUACCAACUUAACCAUAAGUAGCUCCAGUAGCAAAACCAGCAUCAUCAUAAAGUGGAACAGGAUUGUUAUCAGGACCAGAAUAUGAAAAAGCAAUUGAAGAAUUAAUGUCUAUGGGAUUUUAAAGAGAAGAAUGUGCAAAUGCUAUGAAAGCAGCCUUUAAUAAUCCUGAUAGAGCUGUUGAAUACUUAUUAAAUGUAUGAUUAUAAUUUAAUCAUUAGGGUAUUCCACCUGGUAUAACAUCAAAUCUUCCUGCUCCAGUUGUAGGUGGAUAAGGAUAACCAUAACCUUCUACUGCUUAAUAACCAGUUGGUUAACCAGCUUAAUUCUAAUAAUUAAGAUAGCUGUAUCAAUAGAAUCCUUAAGCUGUCCUUUAAUUAUUACCUUAAUUGUUAGCAUAACUUUAAUAGACUAAUCCUGAAUUACAUGCAUAAGUUUCAUAAAAUCCAGAAAUGUUAUUAUAAAUUCUUAUGGGAGGAGCAGGCUAAUAAUAGGGUCCUCCUCCAGGAUCUAUUUAAUUAACUCAAUAAGAAUUUAAAGAUGUUGAAGCUGUACUUAUUCAUUUUAUUCUAGAUUAUGGGACUUGGUUUCACUAAAUAAGACUCAUUAGAAGGUUAUUUAGCAUGUGAUAAAAAUGUAGAAAUGGCUAUCAAUUAUCUAUUUGAAAAAUAAGCAAAUGGAGAUCUAUUUAGUAAAUUAUUAAUUUAAUCAAAGCUUAACAUCUUUAAAGAGAAUAAGCAAAUCCUCCUAAUCAAUAACCACCUGGUGGAAAUGAUGAACCUAUGGAUGAAGAAGAUGACGAUGAUGUUUAUUAAUGAUAUAUUAUUAUUCAUUAAAUUAAUUUCAAUACAU